AUAAAGUGUAGAUCUGUGGUUUAAAGUCAUAUUCGAUUAAGGGAUAACGGAUAUGAUUAACCAAAUAGAAGAAAUGGAUGUAUUAAAGUCAUUUAGUAAUUUGCAAUUUGAACUGGAAGAGGCUAAACAUAGUUUAAAGAGUGUGGAUGAUAACAUUAAAAAAAUAAUCGGUAGAGAUCCUUCGGAGUUACCGUCAAAAUUAAAUAAAAAAAGAUUACCUCAGUUUGAAGAAAAAGUGCGAACAGGUUUAAAAACUCUAAAUCGUGCACGUAAAAUUACAUAUGAAAUAGAAACACCUGUAAGUAAGAGACGAAACAGUGAUUCAAUAUUUAAAAGAUUGUCGACAGCAGUUCAGGAAGAUGUACAUCAAAAUUUACAAAAGCAGUUGAUAAGUAAAGUUAUUGUUACUUCAAGAGAAGUUCCAAGUAGAGAAGAUGCUUUGGAAGCUCAGAAGAAAGAUGAAAAAUUUAGAGCAAGAAAUAGGAGAAUGUUUGGUGCUCUUUUAGGAACCCUGCAAAAAUUUCAACAAGAAGAGACAAAACUGAAGCCUCGGAUUGGUGAAAUGAUUCUUGAAACAGGUAGAAACCCUUAUUACCCUUGGUCGUAG